GAAGGAGCAAAGAUCCAUCUCUUCACGGACGGCUCCAAAAACUCGAAGAAGCCGAGCGACGAUGCCUGGUCCGUUGUGAUCGUAGGUGACGACAACCACGGUUUCAGCUUCCAGGGGGCCAUCAUAGGGAAGCACAAGAGCGGCACUGACAUCGCCCUCAAGGACAACGUCGAGCACGAGACCACCUCCACGACCGUGGAGAUCACAGCCCUUAUAUGGGCUUCUGCCUGGGUGAUACACUACAACCCCCAUCAAAUCACCACGAUAUCCACGGACUCGCUCGGCGCCCUGCAGCUCGCGAAGAGGCUAGCCGCCACCGACCACGACCCCAAGCUCUUCAGGACACUCUGCAUCCUCUACGACAUGGUCAGCAACAAGACCGGCCUGCAGCACGUCCACGCCCACGACUACAACCCGUGGAGCGAGGUUGCCGACGCCGCCGCCAACCACGGACGCUUGCAAGAAGUUAUACCUCCUCAGCCAGAGUGGGCAAGCGUCAUGGAUGGUGCAUCCCAGCGGGACUGGGAGUUCCUGGUCGACGCGGAUCCCAACACUAGGGAGGCAUACCCCGCAUUCGGCCACGGCAACCUCACAGCUAACAGGGUCGAGACGACCGCCGAGGCCCGACACUUUCACAACCCCACCGAGUCCAGCGACAAGAAGAUUCUCGUAGAAAUAAACAUCGCCACCUUCAACAUCUUGUCGGGGAGAGAGCCAAAGGAAGGAUCGAAGCGUCGAAAAGAGAAGAUCCAUAAGCUUAAGUCCACGAUGGCCUGCCUGUACGACGAGGACCUCCAUCUCAUUGGUAUCCAGGAGGCAAGGACGCCUUGGGGCGUCCGCGACGCAGGACAAGACGACGACGCCAGAUGCGCCAACGCUAACUGCUACCACAUCAUCUCCAGCGGUCACAAAGGGUUCAACUACGGCUGCGAGCUUCACGUUCUACGCAGCAAGCCCUACGGCAAGAGCGGUAAAAAAGGAGCCCUCGCGACCGAGAAGGAUAGCUACUGGAAGAAGCUCGCGGAGACCACCGAAAAACACCAAGUGAUCAUCAUCUUCUUCGACGCAAAUGCCAGGGCAGGCAACAUCACCAGCACGGCCAUCGGCGACAAGGGCUUCAAGCAGAACGAAGACCCAAACGGACACCGUCUACAUGAGCCUCUCUUGACCAACCACCUGGCGGCCGCCAACACCUUCGUCAGCCAUGGGCCAGAGCACUACACCUGGCACUCGGGCAAGCCCCAUCGCAUCGAUUGCGUCAUCAUCCCCAAGGGCUACAUCGACUCUAUUGAAGAGUGCGCCGUGCUCCACGGCAUAGACAGCGGCCAAGACCCAGAGACCAAGGACGACCACUACCCAGUCAAGCUGCAGCUUGCCUACCAGAUCGUCUCGUCCGUCACCAAAGGAGUCCCGAAGUUAGACGAGAGCAAGCUAGCCGACGAAGGGUGCCGCAAAAAGUUCUGCCACAAACCCGACGAGGUCAAACACCCGCACUGGGGCACCAACCUCAACGAGCACCUCGCCAUAGUCACCGAGAAGAUCACGGAGGCUGCGCACGAGUGCUUCCGCUCCAACGGCCGCGCCCCACACAAGCCCUACAUCACCAGGCGGUCUUUUGCACUCCUGCGAGUUCGCCGCUCGAUACUCAAGACGACGCGGAUCGCCGAGAAAAACAGGAUUGUCAGCCACUUCGGUGACAAGAGGCUGCGCUACACGGCCAAGAUCAUAGCGAUGGAAGCCCUCCUGCCCGACCCCGCCGGCGUGAGCGCCCUGGCCGAUCUCCGCGACUACGCGAAAUUUGUGGUGGCCUCUAUCAUAUUCAGCACUCCCAGCCUAGCGACCCAUGUCGUGGAGCCCGACGAUGCCAACACCGUGCACAGCGCCCAGCACUAUUUUGACGCCCUUCUCCAAUUCCUCAGGACGUCUAAGUCGACCCUGCAGAAGUGGAUCACGACAGACCGCGACGACUUCCUCGAGAGGACCGCCGACGAGAUGGGCUCAGCGAUCGGCGACCACGCCCCCCGUUUAGAGGCCCUGUACACCAAGCGACUAUUGGCCUUCGGAGGACGAAAGUCCAAGAAGCCGCCGACGCCCAUCAUCCGCACCAACGACGACGGGGAGCCCCUCACGACGAAGAGCGAGAUCGCCGACCACGCCCUAGCCUUCCACGGCAAAGUUGAGCAGGCUACUGCCACGGACGCAGACGGG